AUGGGCAAAGCCGCCCACGAAUCGUAUGGCGCUGGCGCUGGCGCUGGAGGGCCCCGGACUGCUUCCACCCACAAGAAUCAUAACGAUGAAAAUGUCGGGUUACUAUCUGGCGGUAGCCCCAAUCUGCUCGACGAUGAUGGCUACGACGGCGACUCUACAACAAUAACAGGGAACGGGGCGGGGGCGGGGCCGGGGAUAGAGACAGCAGGAGAACAACGAGAGGAAGGCAACAACAGCCCCCCAGUAGACCCAAGACCAGCACCAGCACCAGCACCAGGCCACAUCAAACUGCCCCGACGACAAUCCGCCCUCUCUGCCCCUCGAACCCCCCGAACCCCUCGCACCCCGAACCGCGUGCGCUUCGACCUACGUCCUACCACCUUUGGCGACAACAGCCCUACUACAGCCGGAGCAGCAGCGCCCAAUGGCAACAAUGGCGCCCCAGAAGACCACCACCACCACGCCCGCGACUCGUUCGAUUCCUACUUUGACAUAGACGACUCAUCAUCGGACCAGCAGCCGCUCACGUCCUUUUCGGACUACCACCGCCAAGGGCGCGUCCCCUUGCUAACGGGCAUCGAAGCCCCCUCCGUCACCGUCGCCAACAACGGUCCCUGGGGCUCUGACGAAGAUGUGGCCUCAUGGGCCGAAACGGAGCGGUCACGCCCCAAAUCGGGCUUGCGCAUGGCGUUUAUGAACAUGGCCAACUCCAUUAUUGGCGCGGGCAUCAUCGGGCAGCCAUACGCGUUCAAGCAGGCCGGGUUGUUGUCUGGGAUCGUGUUGCUGGUGGGAUUGACGGUCGUGGUGGACUGGACGAUUAGACUUAUCGUGAUCAACUCGAAGCUAUCGGGGGCGAAUAGCUUCCAGGGAACGGUGGAGAAGUGUUUUGGACGGAGUGGGUUGAUUGCGAUUAGCGUGGCGCAGUGGGCGUUUGCGUUUGGCGGGAUGGUGGCUUUUGGGGUGAUUGUGGGGGACUCGAUACCGAAUGUGUUGAGGGCGAUUUGGCCGGGACUAAGGGAGGAGGGGGUGAAGGGCACGUUGGUGGGUUGGUUGGUGGGGAGGCAGGGAGUUAUUUUGGUUUGUACGCUGGGGGUUAGUUAUCCGUUGGCGUUGUAUAGGGAUAUUGCCAUGCUAGCAAAAGCGAGUACCCUCGCUCUGGUCAGCAUGGCCGUGAUCUUGGUCACAGUCCUGGUACAAGGCGGAUUAGCUCCAGAAGCGGACAAAGGGACAUUGGCAAGCUGGAAUCUGCUUAUCAUCAACGAUGGCAUAUUCCAAGCUAUAGGAGUAAUUUCCUUUGCCUUCGUCUGCCACCAUAACUCCCUCCUAAUCUACGGCUCCCUCAAAACCCCCACCAUCGACCGCUUCUCCCUCGUCACCCACAUCUCCACCGGCGUCUCCAUGAUUGCCUGCUUGCUCAUGGCCCUCGUCGGCUUUCUGACCUUCGGCGACCGCACCCUCGGUAACGUCCUCAACAACUUCCCCGCCGACAACACCAUGGUCAACGUCGCCCGCCUCUGCUUCGGAUUGAACAUGCUCACCACACUCCCCCUCGAAGCCUUUGUUUGUCGCGAAGUCAUGCUCAACUACUGGUUCCCUGGGGACCCCUUUAACAUGAACCUGCACCUGCUGUUCACUUCUAGUUUGGUAGUCAGCGCCAUGGUGUUGAGCAUGAUCACUUGUGAUUUGGGAACUGUGUUUGAGUUGGUCGGAGCUACUAGUGCCGCGGCCAUGGCGUAUAUAUUGCCGCCGUUGUGUUAUUUGAAAUUGACCAAAGAAACCGGAGGCUGGAAGAGGGCGGCGGCGUGGGCCACGGCGGCGUUUGGCACGCUGGUUAUGGGGAUCACACAUCGUAGCGGUGGUGGUGGUGGCGGUGGUGGUGGUGGUGGCGGUGGUGGUGGUGGUGGUGGUUCACCUGACUGA